GUUUCGUUUAAUUUACUGAGACCUAUUUUGAAAUUCUCAUUAUGCGGCGCGCAGUCAGAUUACCUUUGUUUAUUUAACAUUCGUUAUCGCGAUCGUGUGCUCAUAACUACAGUCUUCAGUCAUUGGAAUCAGGUGUAAGCUUGUAUUCGUGGACUGGAUUAGCGCAACUUUAAGUUGUACGCUGCUGUACCUUGAUGAAACUCACCUUGGAACGACUACUUUAUCGGUUUUUCUCUCUCAGUUGGAAAAUACAAGAACACCAUUCAAGAAUUUGAACGCACCGCACAUCGAUGUCAUGUUUAAUUCAAGACCCGAGAGGAAAUGGUCUUCCGAUUUAGAACAUUAUGGCAUUCAUAUAUCCAGGGUAUAAAAGUGAUCCUCUUUCAUCCGCUUCCAGAAAGCAAAGCUCAAGUUAAGGUGGAAAAAAAAUCACAAUCUAUAUACUUGAGAGAGUCCUUGAGGUUACUAAGAGGGGGGUGGACUCCAAAGAGUGAAACCAGUUAAAUCAGCCGCAGUACAGAUUCCGAGGACGAAAAAUGUCAUCUGCGACGUCUACAAGCACGUGGGAAAAUGCUUCAAAAGCUGUUGUGAUGAACGCUACUGGAUACAACAUGAGUGACUCUAAGAUCCAAGAAAUUUCCUUUGAACCUCUUUACGACUCUUGCCUGAUCAUCUUGGCUGUACUGAUCAUCGCUAUCAAUAUUCUCAUUCCUGUGUUAUUUAUUCGCAACCGAGUGCUCCGCACUAAAACAAAUAUGCUCCUAGUGAGCUUGGCUAUAGCCGAUUUAGUGACUGGUUUGCUUGGAAUCCCGAUGAGCAUUGCCUGCAAUGCCUUUAUUGAAUUUCCAUCGCUUACAGGUCUUUGUAUUACAGCAGCUGUGACCUACCGUUUCAUAGCAGUCUCCACUAUCUUCCAUAUUUUUGCCAUCACCAUUGAACGCUACAUCUCAGUUAGUUACCCAUUUAAAUACGURUUUUGGGUGCAAAUGAGUCGAGUACGGGUGGUGAUUGCAUCCAUUUGGAUUGGAUCGCUGUUGAUGGCAUUGGUUCAACUAAGCUGGCAGAAUUUCUCAGACUUCUCAUCGGAAGACCCGAUCAAAGUCAAGGCAGGUAUCAUAUACAACGGUAUUGGGAUUAUAGUUUGUUUUCUUGUGCCUCUAGUAGUGAUGGUUUUUAUUUAUUGCCGAAUGUUCAUGAUUAUAAGGAAACAGCUUGAUCACAUGAAAAAGCUAAGUCCAUCAGGAAAUAACGAAAACUGCAAGCCACUCUCUACAGAAAGACGAGCAAUCACRAUCUUUGCUCUGAUGCUCGGCAUCUUCACCAUGAGCUGGCUAACCUGGUACAUGUCAAUWAUCAGUGUAUACACACGGAAUGCAGAGAUUAUCAGUAUGCCCGAGAGAUGGUACGACUUCUUCGACUUUUUACGUUUUUCUACUUCUUUUAUCAACCCAUUGCUCUACACGUUUCUAAAGCAUGACUUCAGAGAUGCGUUGUUUUCUCUCCUGUUUUCCAAAUCUAAACAACGAAAAUCUGCAGAACAUCGAACAAAUAACGCGAAUCUGACAAUGGCGCCUUUGGCUAUGCUGAGGUCAAAGUAUAAGUCGGACAAUAGUUCUCCAGAAGAAAGAAAAAUCUUAGACAAUGUUUAGAAAAUAUCAAGCGACCUUGUUUAUUUGCUUUUAAUGUUAAGAUAUAUUCAUGCGUGGUUAUGAUUUGUUUGUUUUCUCAGUGGCUAGCGGAAUAAUUGUAGUGUGACUCAAAAAGCCAGAAGUGACUUUUCACGACGGAUAUUUAAAGCGGGGUAAAUUGUUAAGACUGCGAAGCUUAUAUUUUUCAAAACUAGUACCAGAAAAGUGAAUCAAAUACAGCGAGCAUCAAUACUUAAUCUCAAUCGACAUGAUAUUGAUUUUAUGCAUUACGUCAUACUUACAGCUGGAUGUC